CUGUGUAUGUUUUGUUUUACAUUGUAAACAAAAUAAAAUAUGCUGAUGUUUACAUCAAGAGGCUGUUAUCAAUGUUAUCAUCAAGGCCUAAAUAGAUUUGGUCACUUACGGGUACUUAAUGCUGCAUCACACUUGAGCUCUUCAAGACUCUUAGGCUUUAAGUUUGUUGUAAGCAGUCGGAAUGUUAGAUUAUAUAAUAUAAAUCACAGAGUUUGGGUGUCAGCAAAACCAUGUACUUGGCUAGAUAAAUGUCCCUGUCACAGUAGCUCAGUCAAGCCGCACCAACUGCAACUAGGACAGUAUUACAGGAAUAACUUGUGUAUUUUCAGACAGUAUUCCAUUUUUUCUUUCAAGCCCGUUGUUCCUAAAGUUUUUCAAAGAUCUAUUAGCAAUAUGGCAGCUGAAGGAAUAAGACUUAGCUGGCAUGUGAAAAAGGAGCAGAUUGAUGCUGAUGCAGAGCAGCUAAUGGAACGUCUAAAACAAGUGUAUGAUUCCAUGGGAGCACUUACUGAGGACCAAGUGACUUAUGAUAAUGUAGUAAAGUCAUCUGCAGAUAGUGAUUGUUGGUAUGCUGUAGAAAGGAACAAUAUAGAUUUUCUCCAGCAUGUUUCACCUGAUAAAGAUCUUAGAGAUGCAAGUGUUGCUGCAGACAAGAGAAUGUCUGAUUUCGAUGUUGAAUUGAGUAUGCGACAAGAUGUUUUUGAAUCUUUUGUUGCUCUGGAGAAAAAAGAGGAGUUCAAAACAUUUAAGCCUGAGGCCAGGAGAUUUGUAGAGCGAAUCAUAAAAAAUGGAAAACGAAAUGGGCUGCAUCUUGACAAGAGCAUUCAAGAGAAAAUCAAAGCAAUCAAAAAACGCAUGAGUGAUUUGUCAAUUGAUUUCAGUAAAAAUUUGAAUGAAGAAAACACAGUGCUUGAGUUUACUGAAGAAGAACUAGCUGGUUUACCUGAUGAUUUUCUCAAGAGCUUAGAAAAGUGUGAGAAUGGUCAACUGAAAGUCUCUUUGAAGUAUCCACACUACUUUCCAUGUGUAAAAAAAGCUAGAAAUCCAGAAACAAGAAGAAAAAUGGAGACUGCUUUCAAUUCUAGGUGUUUAAAAGAAAACACACCUAUCUUGGAAGAGCUAAUAAAACUUAGAAAUGAGAAAGCCAAUUUGUUAGGAUACAAAACACAUGCUCAAUUUAUUUUGGAGAUGCGAAUGGCCAAAACCCCAGAAAACGUCCAAGAAUUCCUGACUUCACUUGCUGAAAAACUGAAGCCUUUAAAAGAAGAGGAGAUUAAACUCUUUCUUUCUUACAAAAAGGAAGAGUGUGAGAAAUUUGGGUUUAAUUUUGAUGGACAAAUCAAUAAUUGGGACCUAAGGUACUACAUGACUAUGGCAGAAGAAAAAAAAUACACUGUUGAUCAACAGAAACUGAAAGAAUAUUUUUCAAUGUCUGUUGUAACAAAAGGACUUUUGGAAAUUUAUCAGGAACUGCUUGGAUUGACAUUCACCCAGAUAGAAACCACUGAUGUCUGGCAUGAAGAUGUCACAUUGUUCAGUGUUGUGGAUAAAGUCACUAGUGAACUGUUGGGUUAUUUCUACCUGGACCUACACCCAAGAGAAGGCAAAUAUGGCCAUGCAGCGUGCUUUGGAUUACAGCCAGGUUGUAUAGGGCCUGAUGGUAAAAGGCAAGUUGCUGUGGCAGCAAUGGUUGCUAACUUCACUAAGCCUACAGCAGAUCAACCUUCACUUUUGACUCAUGAUGAGGUAGAAACAUAUUUCCAUGAAUUUGGUCAUGUUAUGCAUCAGAUAUGUGCUCAAGCAGACUUUGCUCUCUUCAGUGGAACUCAUGUAGAGAGAGACUUUGUUGAAGCUCCUUCUCAAAUGCUGGAGAACUGGGUCUGGGAGAAAGAGCCCCUGACUCGAAUGUCAGCUCACUACAAAGAUGGUUCACCUAUCCCUGAUGACCUCUUGGAAAAACUGACACUCAGCCGUCAAGCCAAUGCUGGAGUCUUUAAUUUGAGGCAGAUCACACUUGGUACUUUUGACCAAAGGAUACACACACGAGCUGAGGCUGACACUGCUAAAAUCUAUGCAGAAGUUUGUGAAGAGUAUCUGGGGAUCCAAGCAACACCUGGAACCAACAUGGCUGCAACCUUUGGUCACCUAGGUGGUGGAUAUGAUGCUCAAUAUUAUGGAUACUUGUGGAGUGAAGUAUUUUGUAUGGACAUGUUCAUGUCUCGUUUUAAAAAAGAAGGAAUCAUGAGUUCUAAAGUAGGAGCUGAGUACAGAAAAUAUAUUCUUCAGCCAGGAGGUUCCAUUGAUGCUGCAGACAUGUUAAGAAACUUCCUUGGCAGAGAGCCUAAACAAGAUGCCUUUUUGGAAAGUAAAGGUCUUUUAAGUGCAUAAAGAGUCUUAUGUUUUAGCAAUGUUCAAAGGUGUUGGGGGCAAUGCCUCAUGCAUUAUAUAUUUCUUAGGCUCAAUUCAUUCAUGCUUGCAACACAGACAUAUAGGGAGUAAAUUUUUAAAAACAUUAUCCAUUUCCAAUUGUUAUUAUUUUAAUUUCACAAGUAUAUAUUUUUUUAAAAAUGUUUUAGUGCUGAAAAGAAACUAAUCUUCAUUUAAAAUAAUGUAUAAAAAAAGUAACUUUUUUUUUGUGAUUCUCUUUUAAAAAGAUAAUUAAAUAUGUUUGGCAUAUUCAAAAAGAAAAUGUAUAUAUUAUUUCAUCAGGCAGCACAGAACAUUCAUUAUUGUUAUUUACAGGCAUUAGUUUGAAUUGAAUCAUGAUUGAUAUGAAUGAAAACAGAGAGGACUUGUAUACUCAGGUUAAUUUAUUUUAAUUUUAUAUGCUUAGGAUUUCACAUAUUUAAGUAUCUUUUAUUUUGAAUAAAA